AUCGAAUGUGAUUACUGUUGUUAUUUAGCGAUUUUGCCUUUGCUGAAACAGGAGAUCAAGCCCUGUUUUUUAUUUGGAAAAUGCCUAAAACUAUCUUUUGAGGUAUAUGUUUUUAUGCGGCUUUGGUGWUGAGUGCUGUUUUCGACUUAAACAAGACGAAACAAUCAAGUUUUUGAAGCUCAUUCAAGACUGCUUCAACGUUGAUUUUACGUUCUUGUUCAACUUACUUUAGAGAAAUUCCAGGAUGUCUGCCUCGGCAUUUGAAGGAGGAGGCUUUGACAAGCUUGAAGGAUCAACURAAACAACAGGAGGACUUAUUAUCAAGAAGACAGCGAGUAAACACAAGUUUGAAACUCCAAAAACAAGCAUGCUUGGACUUCAAAAGUUAGCGCAAGAAAAACGAAAAGAAAAGGAAAAAUUGCUGCGAGAGGACGCUAAAAAAUCUAAAAUUUCAUCAGAGAGAAGUAGGACAGACGAUUUAGAUAAUGAUGAUAACACAGAGAGAAGUAAAGCUCGUUUUGGYGCUGGAAGCCGCGAGCAAAGAGAGAAAUCGCGACAUUAUCGUUCACAUGUUGAGGAUACUCCGACUUACACCGGUGGUGUGAGCAAUGAAGCUCGAGAAAAACAGCUGAGAAGAAUGGAGCGUGAGAGAGAAAGAAGAGGGCAUGGUGUUUUUGCAGAAAGCAAGGAUCGAAAAGACAAAGAUAGAGACAGGGACAGAUAUGACAGACGGAAUGACAGAGGGAGAAGUGAAAGAUCACGGAGGUCAAAUGAACCAAGGUCAAGACGAAGUGACUGGGAAGAAACUCCAUCAAGGAGCAGUAGAUCAAGUGAAAGAGAGGAUUAUACUCCACAGCAUAAAUCUAAAAGUCUAAGGACGCCAUCAAGAACUUCAUGGGAUGACGAUGAAUCCUCCACAUCAUCAGUGUCCAAAUGGGACUUGCCGUCUCCUGCAAGAUCUGUUUCUGAUGACACUGAYAAAGGAUAUUCCAGACUUCCUGACGAUACUCCUCGAUUUACACCCACUCAUAAGUACAAUGCAUGGGCUGAUGAUAGAAAGCAUUCUGGUGCUACACCAAGAUUCUCUAAGGGAAAAGGGAGAAGGMGAGACAGAGAAGACAGAUCAGAAAGGAGUGAGCGUGAUGAGGAUGACAAAGAAUCAAAAGCAGACUUUGAUCAAGAAGAAUGGGAUGAAGAACAAAAGAGACUGGACAGGGCCUGGUACGAUAUGGACAGUGGCUAUGAUGAAACACACAAUCCAUUCGCAGAUGUCAGUGAUGAAUACACCAAGAAGAAAGAAGAAAACUUGAAAAAGACAAGUGUCAAAAGAAUGUCAGCCCAGCAACGGCAGUACAACAAGGAUAAUGAYAUGUGGGAAACAAACCGUAUGUUAACAAGUGGCGUGGUUCAGAAACUUGAAGUUGAUGAAGAUUUUGAAGAGGAAAGCGAAGCCAAGGUUCAUCUGUUGGUUCAUAACAUYGUUCCACCAUUUCUUGAUGGCAGAAUUGUUUUUACAAAGCAACCAGAACCAGUUGUUCCUCUAAAGGAUCCAACAUCUGACAUGGCCAUCAUAUCCAGGAAGGGUUGCCUGGUAGUGAGACGAUUCAGAGAAGAAAAAGAGAGAAAGAAAGCGCAACAAAAGCAUUGGGAGCUGGCAGGAACCAAGCUUGGAAAUAUUAUGGGCAUCAAAGAAGACAAAGGAGAGGAGCUAGAUGUACCAGAAGAUGACUACAAAAAGAAUCAAAAGUUUGCCGAACACAUGAAUUCAACCAGCGAAGCAACAAGUGAUUUUGCUACCAAGAAAACACUGUCSCAGCAGAGACAAUUUCUGCCAAUAUUUGCUGUCAGACAAGAAUUAUUGAGUAUUGUUCGUGACAACCAGAUAGUAAUUAUUGUUGGUGAAACAGGAUCUGGUAAAACUACACAAUUAACACAGUACAUGCACGAGGAUGGUUAUACMAAUUAUGGCAUGAUUGGUUGUACACAACCACGUCGUGUUGCAGCYAUGUCAGUUGCCAAAMGAGUCAGUGAAGAAAUGAACUGUAAGCURGGRGAUGAAGUYGGCUAYGCAAUUAGAUUUGAAGAYGUUACMUCAGAGAAAACAAUGAUCAAGUAUAUGACGGAUGGGAUUCUGUUGAGGGAGUCUCUACGGGAAUCAGACUUGGACCACUACAGCGUCGUCAUCAUGGAUGAAGCUCACGAGCGCUCACUCAACACCGAUGUGUUAUUUGGUUUACUUAGAGAGGUUGUGAGUAGGAGACGUGAUUUGAAACUCAUUGUAACAUCAGCCACUAUGGACGCACAAAAGUUUGCCGACUUCUUUGGAAAUGUACCUAUUUAUAAGAUCCCWGGACGUACGUUCCCUGUAGAUAUUUUCUUUAGYCGUACUGUACUGGAAGAUUAUGUUGAAAGUGCAGUUAAACAGGCACUUCAAAUUCACCUCACRCCAACCAAAGGUGAUAUGUUGAUUUUUAUGCCUGGCCAGGAAGACAUUGAAGUCACCUGUGAGCUUAUAGCAGAGAGACUGAGUGAGGUCGAUGAGGCACCUCCAUUAGCUGUUCUUCCCAUCUAUUCACAACUACCAUCAGAUUUACAGGCAAAGAUUUUCCAGCGAGCACCAGAUGGUGUUCGUAAAUGUGUAGUGGCGACUAAUAUUGCCGAAACAUCAUUAACAGUGGAUGGAAUCAUGUUCGUCGUGGACGCUGGCUACUGUAAACUCAAAGUAUACAACCCUAAAAUUGGUAUGGAUGCAUUGCAAGUAUACCCUAUUAGUCAGAAUUCCUACAAUAACGAACUACUUCUGAUGACAGUACCUGAAAUCCAGCGAACAAACCUGGCUAAUGUUGUACUYCUUCUCAAAUCCCUSGGGGUCAUAAACCUACUGGAGUUCCACUUCAUGGAUCCACCRCCACAGGAAAAUAUUCUUAAUUCAAUGUACCARCUUUGGAUACUGGGCGCUCUUGAUAAUACUGGUUCCCUGACAACCCUUGGUCGACAGAUGGUUGAAUUUCCACUGGACCCAGCGAUGUCUAAGAUGUUGAUCGUGUCUGUCGAUAUGGAAUGUAGCGACGAAACACUGACCAUAGUAUCAAUGCUGUCGGUACCAGCGAUUUUCUACCGUCCAAAAGGACGCGAGGAGGAYAGCGACGCGGCCCGUGAGAAGUUUGCCGUACCUGAGAGUGACCACUUGACGUACCUUAACGUCUACCAACAGUGGAAAACUAACAACUACUCGGCUCAGUGGUGCAACGAGCAUUUCAUCCAUGUCAAGGCAAUGCGUAAAGUACGAGAGGUCCGAGGACAAUUGAAAGAGAUCAUGGUACAGCAUCAAAUCCCCGUCAGGUCGUGUGGUAAUGACUGGGAUGUCAUAAGAAAGUGUAUUUGUUCGUCUUACUUUCACCAGGCUGCUAAACUCAAGGGUAUUGGUGAAUAUGUUAACAUGCGUACUGGAAUGCCGUGUCAUCUUCACCCUACCAGCGCUCUCUUCGGCAUGGGACACACUCCAGAUUACAUCGUUUAUCAUGAACUUGUCAUGACGUCCAAGGAAUACAUGCAGUGCGUAACUGCAGUCGAUGGUAAUUGGUUGGCCGAACUUGGUCCCAUGUUUUACUCCAUUAAAGAGUCAACACGAUCAAGAGCGGAAAAUCGUAAACGCGCGAAAGACGAGAUGACAGCCAUGGAAGAAGAGAUGGCACAAGCAAGCCAACAGAUAAAAGCGAGAGAAGAAGACCAACUAAAUAAGCUAACAGGCUCCACGAGGACACAUAUUGUAACACCUGGAAGACGAACUCCCGCAACACCUAAACGAACACCUCAACGCUUUGGUCUAUAAUAAUAAUAUCAAUGCAGUACUAGUAUAACUUGACGAGAACUUGUCAAUAUAAACGCAGACAUAAGCGGGUUAACGCCUCACUAGUAAUAGUGAWUGUGCUGAGGCGAAGUUGGCAAGUUUUUGUUCAAGUUUGGCAUCGAUGUUUCACUUUUUCGUGUUUCACUUUGGGUGUUUUUUCGCUAGCAGCUUGUCACACCAUAACAGGCAAACAGCUGAAAACAGGCGUUGAAACAAAAACAAAACACAAAACGUUUGACUCUGACGCUCGACUUGAAAAGCAGUAAUGUUUGGYAAUGCAUUGAGCGUUGUUGUCUCGUAUUUCUUUACAGUCGCAUACCGAACAGGAAAAUCGUUAAACGGUYGUUUAAUAACAUUUAAUGUUGGAGGUUGCGAAGUAGUAUGAAACAUUUUAAGAUUAUCUUUCUCAUUUUAUUUCCUUUCGUCCUAUUUAAUCAUUGUGAAAAAAUGAAUACUUUGUGUAUAGAAUUUCUGAAAUGUGGCUCUUCAACGAAUGUACAUAAGUAAAAGGUUAUUAUUAAUAAAUAUUAUUAAUUCCAA